GGGGGCCCAAUGAGGGGGCGUCGACGCGGCCCGCCCGCCUGCCUGCCGCGGUCCCUCCCUUUCUCCCUCAGCGCUGAGGAGAGGAGCGUCGGGUGGUCCCGGCCCCGGCCCCGGCUCCGGCUCCACCCCCGCCCUCCGCACCCCCGACUCGGCCCCGGAGUCCGGGAGCCCCCGCCGCCAUCAUGCCGGCAGUGUCCAAGGGUGACGGCAUGCGGGGCCUGGCCGUGUUCAUCUCGGACAUCCGCAACUGUAAGAGCAAGGAGGCAGAGAUUAAGAGGAUCAACAAGGAACUGGCCAACAUCCGGUCCAAGUUCAAAGGGGACAAGGCCCUGGACGGGUACAGCAAGAAGAAGUACGUCUGCAAGCUGCUCUUCAUCUUCCUGCUGGGCCAUGACAUCGACUUCGGCCACAUGGAGGCCGUGAACCUGCUCAGUUCCAACAAGUACACGGAGAAGCAGAUUGGCUACCUGUUCAUCUCGGUGCUGGUGAACUCCACGUCGGAGCUGAUCCGCCUCAUCAACAAUGGGGUCAAGAACGACCUGACCAGCCGCAACCCCACAUUCAUGUGCCUGGCCCUGCACUGCAUCGCCAACGUGGGCAGCCGUGAGAUGGGCGAGGCCUUCGCCGCCGACAUCCCCCGCAUCCUGGUGGCAGGGGACAGCAUGGACAGCGUCAAACAGAGCGCCGCCCUGUGCCUACUGCGCCUGUACAAGGCCUCGCCCGACCUCGUGCCCAUGAGCGACUGGACAGCCCGCGUGGUGCACCUCCUCAACGACCAGCACAUGGGCGUGGUCACUGCCGCCGUCAGCCUCAUCACCUGCCUCUGCAAAAAGAAUCCAGAUGACUUCAAGACUUGUGUCUCACUGGCGGUUUCACGGCUGAGCCGGAUUGUCUCCUCGGCCUCCACGGACCUCCAGGACUACACCUACUAUUUCGUCCCUGCCCCGUGGCUGUCCGUGAAGCUGCUCCGUUUGCUGCAGUGCUACGCGCCACCAGAGGACGCCGCAGUGAAGGGGCGGCUGGUGGAGUGUCUGGAAACGGUCCUGAACAAGGCGCAGGAGCCCCCCAAGUCCAAGAAAGUUCAGCAUUCCAACGCUAAGAAUGCCGUCCUCUUCGAGACCAUCAGCCUCAUCAUCCACUAUGACAGUGAGCCCAACCUCCUGGUCCGGGCCUGCAACCAGCUGGGCCAGUUCCUCCAGCACCGCGAGACCAACCUGCGGUACCUGGCCCUGGAGAGCAUGUGCACGUUGGCCAGCUCCGAGUUCUCCCACGAGGCCGUCAAGACCCACAUCGAUACAGUCAUCAAUGCCCUUAAGACGGAGCGGGAUGUCAGCGGGGAGCGGGCCAACCUUGCCGGUGACCGAAAGAAGCAGAUUGGUUGGAAUGUUACGAGGAGAAGGUCGUCCGGGGAGGGACAGGCGGCCCCUCAGAGCCAGGCUAAGGCCCUCUUCCCCUCCCCCCCAGGCCGUAUGUAUCUCUUCUAUGGAAACAAGACCUCAGUGCAGUUCCAGAGCUUCUGUCCCACUGUCACUCAUCCUGGGGACCUCCAGACUCAGCUGGUGGUGCAGACCAAGCGGGUGCCAGGCCAGGUGGAUGGGGGUGCCCAAGUGCAGCAGGUCCUCAACAUCGAGUGCCUCAGGGACUUCAUCACUGCCCCCCUGCUCACCGUGCGCUUCAGGUAUGGGGGGGCUGCUCAGGCCCUCACGCUCAAGCUCCCGGUGACCAUCAACAAGUUCUUCCAGCCCACCGAGAUGGCUGCCCAGGACUUCUUUCAGCGUUGGAAGCAGCUGAGCCUCCCCCAACAGGAGGCCCAGAAAAUCUUCCAGGCCAAUCACCCCAUGGAUUCCGAGGUGACCAAGGCCAAGCUCCUCGGCUUUGGCUCGGCCCUGCUGGACAACGUGGACCCAAACCCGGAGAACUACGUGGGUGCCGGGAUCGUGCAGACCAAGGCCCUGCAGGUGGGCUGCCUGCUCCGGCUGGAGCCCAACGCCCAGGCCCAGAUGUACCGCCUGACACUCCGGACCAGCAAGGAGAGUGUGUCUCGGCACCUGUGUGAGCUGCUGGCCGAGCAGUUCUAAUCUCAGACCCCGUGUACCCGGUCCUGGAGGAUGAGGGGGGGCCGUGUGCUGAGGGGCUUGGCUCCCGGGGUCAGAGCCAGGGGCUCCAGAACUCCGGGCCGGGGGUGCCCUGGCCCGGGCCGUCCCCUUUGCCCUUUUGUAUCUAUUUUUUGAGCUGCUGCUGUUUACAGUGUCGGGGGCCCCCCUCCCUGAAGCACAGAGGGGAAGGGGCUAGGGCCGUCCCCUCCCCUGCCCUGCCCCCAGCCCACCGUGUAUUAAUGUGAGCGAAUAAAAGAUGAGACGCUGGUGCA